AUGCACCUGGACAUUGGUCGGCUGUCAUUCCCUCAAAAUGAUAAACGUAAACCGAAUGUAAGCGGCGGACGGUUACGCACCACGCCAACGUCGCUGACGUUACGUGCCGGACAUCAACCGACGAAACUUCAAGAGGACACCAGAAGAACAUUGCUGAGAUGA